AUGUACAACGUCAACGUAACGGUUGAUUCCGCAGACCAAGACUUCAACUCACUGCUCCACCUUCUUGCACGGGGCAGCAUGUGGCAUGUACACACGCACAGGCUUCGCGACAUCGUCGGAUGCACGUCGCCAGCCCCACCGAUCCUCAGGACGUCAAGUGAGCAAGAUCCAGCGGAACACGAGCAUGACAUGAGGUACAUCAAUGAUUGGUAG